AUGGGGCACAGGCUUGGCCUGGAUUCUUCUGGAGCUGGACCCAUGCCCGUCCAAGUCCCAGUGGUCACCCCGCAAACUGAAUGGAGUCGCCUUGGGCCAAUGAGACCCACUCGGCACGACUCGUCUAACUCAUCCCGUCGUCCAAGUCCCACGAAUGCCGUCCGCAGUCGCACACUACCGUCGCCUUUGACGGCCUCCGCUUGUCCGAGCAAGAUCCCCACGAUCCCCUUCCAACGUCCACUUGGCUGUGAUACCCUACGCCGCCGCCGUUCGUCACUGGCCAGCCAAAGAAACAAGCUAGCCUGCACAUCCUCUCGCUCCUCGCUUCUCGGGCCGCCGCGAUCCAGUCCACCGAACGUCUCUCUCUGCAACUGGAACCUCGCGCCUUCAAUCCCUCAAAGUUACCGGCGAAAACGACUAUCUUACCGGCACCCGCUGCCUUGCACUACCCAUUCUCAGGUACGUAACCAAGGUAUCUUUACCAUCCCCCCCGGUCAGGCCAAGGGCUCGACGACCACCACAACGUCAUUGUCGCCAAGGGGUGUGAACGACAAUCCCAUCCCAUCUCCAGCACAUGCUUUGAUCCUACGGAAAAAGGGCUUAAUGGGUUUUAGUUUAGUCUGGGGAACACGUGUGUCCAUGACCAAGGCAGCUGACCAGUGA